GUGGGCUUCGCACCUGCCCCAGCCGGCAACACAACAGUGAUCGUGAACCAGCCUAUGUCGGACAAAUCUCAAGUGAGAGACUGGGGCACCGGAGUCUUCAGCUGUUUCGACGACAUGAAGAUCUGUCUGUGUGGAUGGUGCUGCCCUCUGUGUCUGGGCUGGAAUGUGGCCACCGACCUGGGAGAGACUGGCAUUAUCGUCUGCUGUGUUCCUUCCUGGUUGACCGUCGUAAGGACCAAGCUGCGCACUCAGCAAAAGAUCCAGGGUGAUGUCUGUAACGACUGCAUGAUGUCCGAGUGCUGCGGCAUCUGCGUGCUGUGCCAGGUUGCCAGAGAGAUCAAGACCUGCAAAGCGAACGGCACACUCAACAACACCGUCUAGACUCGUGACGUCACAUCCGGGGCCUGGACCGGUGGUUAAGGAGCAGCCCGUUGUGGAGGGAACAUAAACACCGGGCCGGGCCGCUGUGUCGCUCAACUGAGAGUUGUUGUUGUUUUUGUUGUUGCUGCUAACCAUUUACCAUUUUGACGGUUUAUCCAUGUUUUAUACCCGCAUUAAAAAUUUUGCCUAGUAGUUAUUUGGGGUGUUUUUUGGGUACAGACUUAUAAUGUCAAUAAAUUUAUGCAUUCAUGCAGACCAAGCAGAUGUGUCUAAAGCCGUAGCAUUAUCUUUCUCCUAUUUUUCGAUAUGAGCCACUGCCAUCAAAGACAGUAUCUGAAGGGGAAGGCAAUGGCCAGCCCUUACACGGCCUGGAGCUUUGUUUUAAGAUCCCUUCCCCUGACCAUUAGAACAAAACGAAACAAAACAACGCAAAAAACAAAACCAAAA